AAAGAGACCGAUAAGCUACCAAAAAAGCCCCACUGAACAGAGAGAAAACGAAAGUAUAAUACAGAAUUUACAGACUACAUUGAAAGUUAGCUGGCUUUAACUGACGUCCAAACACGUUAAUAUAUUUGAACGUAACGUUAUUGAAAAUUAAUCAUUCAACAUGUUCGUCGAAACAGAAGGCACACCGGCCUCAUUCAAGGACUUUACACUAAUUAUGCCAGCAAUAUCAGUUGGUAAUGUGGGGCAACUUGCAGUGGACCUCAUAAUCUCCACGCUCAACAUGUGCAGAGUGGGAUACAUUCACACCGACUGUCUCAUUCCGAUGGCUGGCAACAAUCCGUAUUCGACUUCUGCAGAAGACGCAAACGAACUGCACACCAAUGCAGAAGUGUAUGCGGUGCCCGAGUUGAAAUUGGCGGUUCUACAGAUCAGGACUCCAGUUAUACAGACCAAGUCCAAGAAUUUCCGUAAACUGAUUGUGUGUUGGAUAAAAGCAAGUGGCUUCAGUAAAACAGUGGUUCUGUCCAGCAGUCAUGCCUAUCAGAGGGACGACCAACAACUUCUUGGCACCCCACUGAGGUACCUGGCCACACCUGCCCUGCAGGAAGUGAUGAAGAGUGUGAAAGAGCUAGAAUGGAGGGAGAUGGAGAGAGUGUCUGCAUUAAUGGGUGUCCCUGACUCAGAGCAGAUCCUCUACAUUCCUGGAGGUGGCCCCACUAAAGGACUUUUCACCGACAGUUGUGCAGAGGACAUCCCUUUGGCGGUGUUGUUGAUCUUCUGCUCUGAGGGAGACAACAUCCCAGAUGCCUUCAGCCUCCUCAACUAUCUGAACGACUGGCUGCACCUGGUGGACAAGCCUAAUCAGUCUUCCCCGAAAUGGAGAAUUCCCCCUUCCUGGAGACUUCUCUUUGGAAGUGGCAUUCCCCCAGCACUCUUCUGAUUCAUCAUUUAAAACAAACAUGUUCUCCUACUCAGGCAUGGAAAUAGCCUCCUGCUGGAACUUAAGCUUCUGAUGAACAUUCCUUGUCUGAUUUAUGUGGAUCCUACUUUGUAAUUUAUGAACUGAAAAAUCCCCCAAAGACCUUUUGUAAUUGAAGAUAGUUAACUGUA